GUUGCGGUGCAACGUUUACUGUGCAGAAAGCACAUGAAGGAGAUAAUGCACCCUGCUUGUAAGCUAGCCCACGGCACUUUGGGUGCGCGGGGUCUUUGGCUCCUUUCAACUUGGUCUUUACAAAUACACUACGCCUCAACUGCCUGCGUGUACCGUGCUAAUUCCACAUAUUUCGACCGUCAAGAUGGCCUCCUCUAUUGACUCAACGUUUAAUAAUGCAGUAACAAACAAAGAUAUUCCGGGUGCUGUUCUCGCGGCCAGCAACACUGGUGGUUCUCACAAGUUCUUGAAGACUUUCGGCUUUUCGACUCUCCGGACUGAUGAUGGCACUGACAGAUCCAUGACACCUGACACUCUGUUCUGGCUGGGGUCUUGCACAAAACUUCUGACGGUCAUCGCAGCAUUGCAAUGCGUUCAGAAAAGGCACUUCACACUCGACGAAGAUGUCACCAGACUGUUGCCAGAGCUCAAAGACAUUCAGGUUCGACAGCCUCCUCAGGACGGGGCCAGCGAGCCCAAGUUUUCAAAGACUACCAAGAUCAUUACCCUCAGACAUCUUCUCACCCAUACAUCGGGUCUCAGCUAUACAAAAUUUGGCGACCUGACUUUGCCACUCAUUGAUCGUUGUCUUAGCCCUCUGAACUUUGAGCCCGGUGAGGGUUUCAUAUACGGCACUGGCGUAGACUUUGCUGGUUUCAUGGUCGAGCGAGUCAGCGGGCUCACGCUUGAAGCCUAUCUACGCAAGAACAUUGGGGAGCCUCUCGGCAUCAAAUCGAUUUGCUUCAGACCAGCGGACUAUCCCGCCCUCCGCGAGAAACUUGCCGACGUCAGCAUUCGCAAGGACAAGGCUGGCCCCGUGGAGUGGACGCCGGCUACGAUCUGGCCCCUUGACACUGAGGGCGACAGCGGCGGCUCGGGGGCAUAUGCAACAAUUGCCGACUUCCACAAAGUCCUUCACUCUAUCACAGCCAACGACGGUGUCCUUCUCCAUAGCGACAUGGCAGAAGAACUGUUCCGACCGAACAUGGACCCAGUCGUCCGCCAAGCCGUUAUGAAGGCGCUGGAAGACGAGAACAGAAACAACAUUUACGGCGGUCUUCCCAAGGGUACGCAGGUGGCGUAUGCCAUUGGCGGCAUGGUCGUUCUGGAGGACCUGCCAGGGCGGAGACCGAAAGGUGCGCUGCAUUGGGGCGGACUGCUCAAUGUCUUUUUCUGGAUGGACCGCACAAACGGUUUCUGUGGUAUUUAUGGGAGCCAGGUGUUUCCUGCGGGAGAUCCGAAAUGCCUGGCUCUCUUUGCUGAGUUUGAGCGCAGAACAUACGACAUCUGUUACGCGGCCGCUGAUUACAAGUAGUAGAAGACUUUAGUACAGUUUAAGAUGAGAACUGAAGUUACAUUUCGUGCGUAAUGCUUGAGGCGACGCGAGGGAUUCUAUGUACGUUUGCGCCUGACUAUGAACUGCAUCUCUGAGUGAAUGUAGAUAUCUCCAUCCAACUCAUGCGCUGCUCUCUCAAAGGCCUCUUCGAUUUGUUCUUUGGUCCGACCUUCUGACUCGUCACCAACCAUGAGCGGCAUCAUGGCGGUGCAAGCGCCACGAAGAAAGUCUUUGCUUUGCGUCUUGACCUUUUCGUGGUCGUGAUAGUGAUCCGUUGGGUAUACUUCGAGGGCGAGGUCCUCUAGCUGGUGCUUGUCGCACAGCUGCGGCAGAGUCUCGGGUCCGGGAGGGAUGGCAUUGUUAUAUCCAGUGAGGAAAUGGCCUACGGCUGUCCG